AUGGGUUCAACCGAGAAACCUAUUAUUCUGUACCAUUAUGAGGUCUCUCCUUACUCAAAGCAAGUCUUGUGGUAUCUUGCUCUUAAAGGAAUUAAAUUCCAACAAUGUAUGCAACCACGCAUAAUGCCCCGGCCUGAUCUCAGCCGUCUGGGCGUCAAAUACAGACGUAUCCCUGUUCUCACCAUUGGAAGAGACGUUUAUCUGGAUACACGGCACAUUAUGGCAAAGCUCAGCGCAUUGGAGCCAGGAAAAGGCGCUCGCCUUUCUGUUGCGACAACUCCUGAGCAGAAGGCGCUGCAACGACUUUUCCAAGUAUUCAUGAUCGAUUCUGGCCUUGCUAGAUGUUUUGUACAGCUUAUUUUAUAUAAAACUCGAGGCAUGAUGGAUCCAGAAUUUGUUAAAGAUCGUACCGAGCUCAUGAACGGUGCGUCGUUUUUCCUGCCUGAAGCUUUGGAGGCGAUGAGGCCAGAUACCAUACGGAGAGUGAAGGAUGGGUUUGAGUUUCUAGAACAGACACUGCUAUCAGAUGGGAGGGACUGGCUGCUUGGGACAACAGGGCCGACUGUUGGUGAUAUUGAGAUGGCUUGGCCGCUGCUGUGGAUGGAGAGAGUGCCUGGAGCGAGACCCGAGGAGUGGAUUUCAGAAGCCAAGUUUCCAAAAGUAUUCGCCUGGAUGGAAAGAUUCAAGAGCACUGCACAAAAGGCAGUGGAUGAAUUGGAAGAACUGAGGACGUUGACUGGGGAAGAGGCCGCAAAGUUGAUACUGAGCUCGGACUUUCAUGAAGUGGAUGGGCAGUUUGACGAGACAGAUGUGCUGGUUCAAAAGCAGAAACUAAAGAAGGGGCAGCUUGUGAAGAUGUGGCCAACAGAUACUGGAUCGAAUCAUAAAGAUGUGGGAGAGCUGGUGAGUGUUAGUGAUAAGGAGGUGGUUAUUGAGGCAAAGGUAGAGGAUGGUGGGUCGGUGAGGAUUCAUGCGCAGAGACAUGGGUUUGCUGUUGCACCUUGUGAGGACUAG